UUCGCAAAAAAUCUCAAUGUAAAGCGCAAACUCGAAAACAGAGACGAGACGAAACUAAAAACUCAAGACGCAUGAUCAGUUUUAUGUCUGUCCCUAUCUUUAGCAAAGAUUUCAGACAGCAAGCGAACGAAAUAUCGAUUUGAAAUAAAUAGGACAAAAGUUCUAUAGCCUUUAAAAUGGCUUUUAUAUGUAUUAGUUGAAUACAUACUCGCAUAAGAUGUUGGAAAAAGUUGUUUUGUGUUUAACGACUGUGCAUUUUUACAGUAUCGCUGCUCAAGGUGAAUGCACAGAUUUACGAGGGAGGCAUAUAUCUCAUGGGUUACACUACGUGCCUGGACCGGACACCUGCACACUCUGUGUUUGUGAUAACGGUCUGCCUAAAGUAUGCAAAGCAGUGCUGUGUUCACCCCCACAGGACUGUCGAUCAUUUCGUGUUGGCAACACUUGCUGCGAGUUCAUCUGCUUAGAUGAUGUGGUGAAGCCAGCAGAGGGCGAGGCAGGGGUGCGUGUUGCGGCGGGGGGCGCGGCCGCGCUCGUGGUGGCCACCGUCGCGCUCGUCGUGUACCGCGUGCGCACGCACAAGAGACGUCGCCCACCGCGUCUCGAUGAUCAACGCAGUCUUACUAGCAUUGGAUACAUAAGUGGCAGUAUGGGGUACAUGGGGGGCACGUGCGAGACCGCACUCGCAGCGUGGAAGCCCCCCGGCAACUACCUGCCGCGGGGUGAGGCUCCGCCCCCCUACGACGAGGCGGUGGCGCAAUGCCGACUUGACUCUAUGAGGAUGAAUAAUGAUUCGUUCGGCCGGUCGUAUGCGGGGGCGGAGGCCGACAUGCAGUGCUCCGGACACGCCUACGUCAACAUACCCAGACCAGUGCAGCAGAUCGCAAACACUCAGAACUGCUACAACGCGCCGCUACUGCAGGCGGUGCACGCGGGCGAGGUUCGCGACACGCCCAUCGUGCCGCACCACGCCCUCCCCUCUAAUGUGUUAGGGUUUCCAAGCACAAUUCGCUUGACGGGGUCUCUGGGUGCGAUCAGUGGGCGGGGCGUGUCGGGGGGCGGGGCGGUGCAGUCCACGCCCCCCGCGCUCCCCGCCCCCCACGCGGACCACGACCGCCCCCACAACGUGCCCGGCUUCUACACGCACGCGCAUCCUAUACACACCUCACUGUAUGUAUUAACACUGUAUUAUGUCAACUGUGAGAACUGCAAAUCCGCGAAUAGCUCCAGAUGGGUGCUGGAGGAGGGCUGGGACGCGGCGGAGGCGGGCGGCGGCACGCAGACGCUGCAGCGCCGCGCGCCGCCGCCCGCGCCGCCGCCGCCCGCCACCGCCACCCUGCCGCAGCCCGUCACCAAGCUCAGUCGAAAUGCAUCAGGACCACCAUCUAAAUGGGAGAAUUGGUUCAACACGAUCCCAGACUCGGACACGGAGUCUGAAGAGGAAUAAUUGUACAUAUUUCUAAUUACAGUAGAACCUCGAUUACCCAAACCUCGGUAACUUAAAAAUCUCUCUUACCUCAAAAAAUAAUAUGUUCCCUUC